GGGUGUUUUGUUGAUAAAUAACUGGCAGAAGAAGGUCGAGCGCUGUGCGCAGCAGCUCUGUGAGCUCGGAAAGCUGCGAAAGUCUGACGGAAGACAUGCAGAUAUUGCCCCUGAAGUUUGCUGUGGGUUAGUUUGAGCUGUUCAGCGUUCUGUUUAGGAGUUGCUGGAGUGAGAAGGAGGAGGAGGGGGUAAAGAGUGUGAGAGUUGAGGCAGUGAGCAGCCGGACGCGGCGGAAUGUGUCCGUGUGUGUGCAGUACAGUGAGUUAAAGUUAACGCAGCGCUGCCUCGGGGCUCAGCAUGUCGACGUGGUGGUGGUGGUGUACGCUCUGGACUUCUUAAAGAGGCCGGACGGGUCGUUGAAUGCGGGCUGUGGGGGGGAGUCCACUUUGCACGGGGCUGGAACCGACUCCUCUAACUCUGAACUCGGCCCCUGUCACCCGAACCUCCGAGCACUAGGAAGAGGCCAGCGACCAAAGUGCACCAAGUGGAGUACAAUCAUUUUACAAAAUCUUGCCUGAGGGAUGACAGACUGCUUAGCUGUUUACAGCACAACCAGUUUGGAGAAGAGGAACAAGAGGGGAAGUGUGGAGGUUCUCAUUCCUCUUCCGUAUGACAUCUGCCCACUAAGUCACCUCUUUUUGAAAGACUCAGUCAAGCUUUUAGAGCAGGUUCCUCUUGGAUGGUUUGCAUGUACUCAUGACCGCUUCUGCAAGCCCUUGGUAGUUUCACAGUUUUAACAUGAGCCUCUCUCCUCAUCAGAGAGGGAACGUCAGUAAUGCUGUCAAACAGAACAUUGAAAGCAUUGAGGAAGUGGCACAGCAUUCAGGGGAUGUGUUUUACAACACCGGGACACAGCCCCUGGAGCAGACUCACAGCAGUGCUGGAGCAAGGGUGGGUCCCAGCCAUGAUAUCCAAGGCUCCACGGCUGUCUUCAAACCUGACAAAGCAUAUCAGGUAUGGGGUCACUUUCAGCAGUCAGGUCCAGUCAAGUGGGUGCAUCAGGAACCGGCACAGACAUCCACAUGGUUUCAGGGUGUACCAAACCCAACCAAACAUAGCCAAAACUUUGUCCCUCCAAUAAGUGCAUUUGAUGACGCACGGACUCAUCAAGCUCUGCAUAAGACCAAUCAUGAUGUGGAUGCUUUGCAGCAGGAGAAAAUGCCUGUGGGUUCUUCUGUGCCUUUUUCUGAGCCAUCGCAAGCUAUGGCACCAGGAAUGGAAUGGGAUCACCACACUAUGGCAGCUAUGCAACAUGCUCAAUUCCAGGCACUUCAGCAGGGCCACAAACCAGGAGACCCACAGUACCAGCCUCACACCAUGCGGCAUGCCGUGACUGACUCUACAUUGCAGCCUUUUCAGAUAGCGUUUGGACCCACCAAACAGCCUCAGGCCUCAAGCAUCUUCCAGGCCUUCCAUGGCAACAGCGCUUCGCAGAAUCUUAGCUACAGUGAGCAACCAAAGUCACAGCAGCAGCUCUUGCAUAUGCAGCAGCAGCACCUACAGCAUCAGCACCAGAUACAGCAAAUGCAGCAAAUGAAACAGCUACAGCAGCAACAGCUGCAGCAGAUGCAGCAGCAACAGCAGCAGCAGCGAAUUCACCAAAUGCAACAGCAGUACCACCAUCAACAGAAACUUCAGCAACAGAUGCAGAAGCAGCAGCAACUGCAACAGCCUCUGCAAAGCCUUCAACAGCUAGAAUCAUUCACUUCGCAGGUGCAGCAGCAAGAACAGCGACCAGCGAGGCCGCAACAGCCUGAGAAAAGUCAAAUAAAAGUAGAAUCUGCUGUGUCAUCUCAUCAGCGGCAGCCCGCAGCUGCACAAGCUCAAACUCAGAAUGCCCGUCCUCAGUCACCAGUUAACCGGGAUCCUGAACCUCCUAAGGCACCUCAAGAACCACAAGAAAUUCAAGUCAAAUCUGAGUUCCUUCCCAGACGCUCCAGACGACUGUCCAAGGAUGGACUCUCUCCUGUGAGCAGCCAGCCGCCCAAAGAGCCUGCCCAUAACGGAAGUAUGGGUGGCCAAGGAUCCUCUGGAGGAGUCAUCCAAAGCACACAAAGAAGGAGAAGAGCCUCCAAAGAGAUUAACCUCGAAACGCUUGCACAGAAGGCAUCAGAGAUGGAAUUUUUACCUGCAAAGCGUGAUGAAGGCUCUGGCAGGCAGGCUGGAAUGCUCCCACUGGUGAUUCCAGUCUCUGUGCCCGUUCGGAGGAGUCAGGCGCAGGCAGAGCAGGCAGGCGCCUUCUCAGAGAGCGUCCAGCAGCAGUUUCAAUUCGACCGGAAACCCUCUGUUAUUGUGGCUCGUCGCCGUUCAUUAAGGAACUCUGCUUCUGAGAGUUUUAACCAGGAUGAAGACAGGGAAGAUGGGAAAUCUUCAGACAAGAUUAAGCGCCGCCCCCGGCCUGAGCCCUUGGUCAUACCCCCACCCAAACCCUCCUUCAUCGCUCCGUCUGUUUACUCCAGCAUCACAUCCUACCAGAGUCAUCUUCGCUCCCCAAUCCGCACACUGGAUAACCCGCUGACCCUGCCCCCCUAUACUCCUCCACCUAUUCUGUCACCUGUGCGGGAGGGGUCCGGCCUCUACUUUUCAACCUUUCUCUCCUCAAUAGCUGCUGGCAACCAGGGCCUGCCUCUGCCACCUACACCCAAGACUGCGUCCAAGAGCCUCCUACGUUCCACCAGUUCAGACAUCACUCCUCCAGUGCUUCCUUUGAUUGGUGAGGCAACACCAGUCAGUUUAGAACCGCGCAUAAACAUCGGCUCAAAUUAUCAGGCAGAGAUACCGGAGCUUAAGGACCAGGUUUUAGCGCAGCAAGAUCAACACAAAGCUUCUCUGUUGUGGCUGCCCUUGCCAGAGGCUGAAUCUACACCCUCCCAAAAGGAGAGAGUGGAUAAUCUGAUGAAUAUGGCCAGCUCUGGUGUGCUGUAUGGCGGUGGAACAAAUUUGGAGCUCAUGCACCACUGUCUUCACGAGAACAGAGGUGAUAUCAUGAAAACCCUGGAAAUGUUGUUGAUGAAGCACCCAAUUUUCACCAGGAAUCACCACCUCGCAAACUACCAUUAUGCAGGGUCAGACUGCUGGACUGUUGAUGAAAAACGCUACUUCAACAAGGGGAUCACUGCCUACAGGAAGGACUUCUUCUUGGUGCAGAAAUUGGUGCGGAGCAAAACAGUGGCGCAGUGUGUAGAGUUUUACUACACCUAUAAGAAACAGGUGAAGGUUACUCGCAAUGGGAUACUCACAUAUGGCCCUCCAGAUCCAGAAGAGCGGCCUUCUGAGAUUGCCAAGAGCAUGCAGUCCAGCGUUCAACUUCCCUCACAAGAUAGCACCUCACAAUGUAUACAGAAGAAAGAACACCUUGAAGAGGUAGAGGAGACCAAACAGAAAGUGAAGACAGAGGAACCUCAAGACAGUGGGGGUGAUAACUUCAAAACCAUGUCACUUCAGGUCAAAGAGAAUGUGGAUAAAGUUUUGGUGCUAAGUAUUCCGAAGGUCAGCUCUGUGGAUGAGGCCAUUGCUCUGAGGCAGGAAACGAAAACACCUCCCUCUGCACCCAAACCACGUCCAGAAAGCACAGGAAAAAGAAGUCAGCAACCAGCCACCUCCAAACCUCAAGGAGAACCGGAGGGUGUUUUCCCCUGCAAGAAGUGCAGUAGGGUAUUCUACAAAGUGAAGAGCCGUAGUGCCCACAUGAAGAGCCAUGCUGAGCAGGAGAAGAAAGCAGCAGCAGCACAGAGACAGAGAGAGGAAGCUGAGCAGGCUGAGGCAAGGGCCAGGAUGGAGGCCGCAGCCAGGAUGAAUAGAGAGAGAGAGAGAGUCGGAGAGGGAGGGCAAGAAGACAGCAGUGAACCAGAUGACGAGCGAGAUGAGGACUGGGCCUAAGUGCAUUUUCUAAAACCUUCUUUUCUUAGGCCACUGAUUUGACCAGAUAUCAUAAAAAGGGAUGCUUUUUUAAACAAAUCAGAUGUAACAAUAACUUUCAUUCAUUGUCAAGACAAAUUUUUACUUUGGCACUCUGAAUUUUUUCUCAAGAAAGUCAAGUUAAUCUUUACCAUAUACCCAUAAAAAGUGGGGUUUUCAAGGGUUCUUUAAUAAAGGCAAAAACCACGCCAACUCCCAGAAACAUUUGAAUUCUUAAAUGGUUCUUUGGCUGGAUAAAGUGUUCUCUGAAAUGCCGAAAAAAGAAAAUUAAAAAUAGUUCCUAUAAUUGUACUACUGUUAUGAACCCUUUUUGUUUUAGAAUGUAGUUGCAAUGUUUACAGCAAACAUGGCUUUUAAAUAUACUACUAAUAUAUAAAGUGAUGGAGAAAUAGUUAAAUGAAUUAGAAAAAGCAUUGCUUUUUUAAAAUCAUUCACAUGUGACACCAACAAAUCUUACAUGAAUGAGGUGCCAGAAAAAUCUUGCUUUAAUAGUUUCAUAAAGUUGGGCACGUAAUUUGAGAGUCUGAAAGAUGACUUCUUGAUUGAAUGUGAAUUAACAUAGACUACACAAUCAAAUCAAACUAAACUAAACUCUUGAAAAAGGGUUCUCUAGUAAAGGCAGUGGUUCGAUAGAGAACCAUAACAAGUCAAAGAACAGUUUGGGUGCUUGAAUUGUUCUUUGCUGGGUUAAAGGAUUCUUCAGAUUGUUGGAAAACCUUUUCAAAGAGCCCUUUUGGUUUAAAAUGUAUAUUUUGAUUAUUCUCAAAUAUGAUGUUUUUACUACACCUUUUAUAAUAAUAUAGGUGUUUGAAUUUUGUAUGAAAGUCAGUUAUAUAUAUAUAUAUAUAUAUACGUAAAAGCCAUUUGUUUAAUAUGUUUAUAUAAUCUUGGCGUCUUUGAAUGUGACUGUUUUAUUAUGAUUAAUGAGACAAAAAACUUUUAGAGUUGAAAGAUUAUGAUCAGAGAUUGUAUUACAGUUAUAUUUUCUUUAAAAACACACUAUUAUUGAGAACAUUAUUUUGCAUGCCUGAGGGUAAUUUCAAUUAGAAUGUUUUGUGUAUGAAAUGUGUAAAUUAUGCAAAAAUAUAACUUUGACUUGUCUGUGUAUUUGUAAAACUUUUUUUACACAGGGUUUUUAAUACUAUUCAGAAUGCACAUUUUUACAGAAGUGGGUUAAGGGUCUGAAGUGGGAUUUGGUCUGUUUUAAACUAAACAGCCGAACAUCUGGAGCUGGGGUGUUCUUUGUCACUGUAUAGCCAUUCAUCCACUGGGGUUUUGUUUUAUAUGUUUAUUGACUGUUAGAAACUACAGAGUAAUAAAACUGUGCCUGGAAACACAAACA